AGAGAAAAUUUCGGAGUUUUUUCUCAGAAUCUGGAUAAGGAAGAGGUUGAUCAAAAUCUUCAAAAGGUUGAAGCUAUCUUGCAAGAUCUAAGAGUAGAUGAAUUGUCAGAAUCAUCCGAGAUCAAGACCAGUGAUGUAGCCGUCAUCCAUGACCUAUUUAGUGAUUCAAAUGCUGAAGUUGUGAAAUCAAGCGGUGCUUCUGGAAAUGAAGAAAUUGCAGAUCACAAAGAUGAUGAGCAUGUUUCAACUUCUCCCAAAGAGAUGAACUCCAAGAUAAGGUAUGAAGCAGAAAACUUGCUAUCUCAAGAAAAAGUGCUAAAGGAGGAAUUGAAAGCAACCACUUUACAAAUGCAGCAUCUUGAGGAAGAGCUUGGAUUGUGGAAGGUGGCAGCAGAUAUGGCAUUCGAUGAAAGUAACCCUAUGGAUUUUUUCUUGGAGCAACUUAACAAGCAGAUCGAUGUCAAAAAGCAUAAUAUUCUGGAACUGGAGUCACAGUGGGAUGCUUUCCGGAAACCUAUUGAAGAUAAGAAAAGAAAUCUCGAGGAAUGUUUAUAUGCAAACAAUCCGGAGGCUUUAGAGAAACUCCAAAAGUUAAGAGAAAUUGAGCUAGAAAUGCAGUUCACCUCAUCUGAAAUUAGAAAAAGGGAGGAAGAAUGCUUGAAACUUGCCGCUGGUCUCAAGAAGCAGCCCAAGGUGGCAUCUCGGAGGUCCUAUAUCGAGCGAAUAAAGGAGAUCACAAAAAAUAGUGGCAAACUCGACUCUGGCACAGAUCGCAUCUUAAGAGAAACUAGGGUGCUCCAGUUAGAAAGCAAUUCCAUUCAGGAGAGCCUUCAUCGCACCUAUGCUGUCUUGGAUGAAAUUGUUUUCCGGGAAGCAAAGAAAGAUGCAGGCCGGCGACAGGUUUAUAAACUGCUCACCAGCAUCCAUGAUAGCUUUGAGCAAAUCUCUGAGAAAAUUUUCGCAACCGAUAGAAUCCGAAGAGAAACAACUUAUCUUGAAAAGAAACUCGCAGCCAUGUCUUCCCGAAGCUUAAAUGCAGAUAAGCUUCAAGCCGACCUUGACAACAUUGCAAAGGAAAACAAAUACCUCGAGCAACAACUGCAACGCGAUUGAACCUAUGGUGUCACUGGAAUAUGUUCUUUCGACUGAAGGUGAUUUUGUUCUUAGUUGUAAUCAUAUU